AUGCAGAGUGCUCAAGUCUGGCCUGACACAGGCGAAAAAUCUCUAGCGCUCAAUCGAACACUCUCCGCCAUCUCUAAUAUACCAGAAUCACUUUUAAGAGCAGAGCUCCAACGACGACAUGUUAUUCGAGCCUCAGACCCGGUGAAUGCACCGGCAUGUGGUUCUGGGAGUCGGGGAACAUAUAACACACCCUUGCAUGUCAUGGCAUUAUUCCUCAUUCUAGGACUCAGCACUCUCGCAUGUUCUUUCCCUGUCAUGGCACGCCGAUUCCCAGGUCUUCCAAUCCCACGCCGGUUCCUUUUCAUUUCAAGGCAUUUUGGAACGGGGGUCUUGAUCGCGACAGCAUUUGUCCACUUGCUCCCGACCGCAUUCGUUUCUUUGACGGACCCAUGCCUGCCUCGCUUCUGGAGCCAUACGUAUCGCGCCAUGCCCGGAUUUGUCGCCAUGGUAUCUGUAUUUGCUGUCGUUGUCGUGGAGAUGCUUUUCGCUAUGAAAGGUGCGGGCCAUGUGCAUAGUAGUGAUUACGAUGCUAUAAUGGGUGAUAUUAGUCGUAGAUCGGAUGACUUUGGUCAUGAAACUACAGAUUACUCACGCCUGGAUGCCAAUGAGGCUCAGGGCAACAUUGGCCUUGAAGACAUACCACAAAGUUCCCAAACAGAAGGCACGGAUCUAGCUUCAGGUUCUUCUAACGGCUCUAAGCGGCGACAAUCGUUUGAUGCAGAAUCCGGUAAGGAGAAUGCUACCGAUCUUGAUGGGCCUGAAUCUUAUACAGACGAUGAUCUGCUUACUGGGCAGGACCGUUCUUCUAUCCAUCAUCAUAAUUAUCAUCGACACACGAGAAGAGCGUCGGAGUUACCGAUGCAGAAUCCACAGCGCCAGCUGCUACAGUGCCUACUUCUGGAAGCCGGUAUCCUUUUCCACAGUAUUUUCAUCGGUAUGGCACUAAGUGUUGCAACUGGGACAUCAUUUGUAGUCCUCCUAGUUGCCAUUAGUUUCCACCAGACUUUCGAGGGCUUCGCCCUGGGCUCACGCAUCGCAUCCCUCAUCCCUGAUCUCUUUUCUCCGUCAUCUCCCAAACCCUGGCUUAUGUGUUUAGCCUAUGGUGCAACAACUCCUCUUGGUCAAGCCAUUGGUCUGGUCUUGCAUAAUUUCUAUGAUCCUGCAAGCGCAACCGGCCUGCUCAUGGUUGGCAUUACCAACGCCAUCAGUAGCGGCCUGUUACUCUUCGCGGGUCUUGUGGAACUCCUGGCAGAGGAUUUCCUGAGUGAAUCAAGUUAUGAGACUCUCAAAGGCCGACGACGAGUAGAGGCAUGUAUAUCUGUCGCGUGUGGAGCUCUCUUAAUGGCAUUUGUUGGAGCUUUUGCAUAA